AUGUUCCGUUCAACUUCUCAUAUGCGGCCUGCAGCUUUUCUGCUCAGAAGUACUCUCAAAUCAAGAGAUCUAAAGAUUUCGAUACUGCAACCUACCGCUACGCUUGCUUUGAGCCAGAUCAGAUGCAAUUCAACGACAACAACUGUAGCGAAACACUCCAAAGAGCCUCCUAAAGAGGAAAACAAGGCACAAGUUGCUGCAAAGCCCAAACCAAAGGAGCCAUUAAUGCAGAGGAUCAAGCACGAGAUUAGACAUUAUGUCAACGGUACUAAACUGUUGGGCUAUGAAAUAAAAAUAUCGACAAAAUUGCUAGUUAAGCUAGUUGAGGGGUACGAAUUGUCCAGGCGUGAAAAAAACCAGCUGAAGAGGACUAUGGGCGAUGUAUUCCGUCUGGUGCCCUUUAGCGCCUUCCUUAUUAUUCCAUUUGCAGAACUUCUUCUUCCCGUCGCACUUAAGGUUUUCCCUAAUUUAUUGCCUUCCACUUAUGAGUCUGGGAGUGAAAAGCAGCUAAAGAAAAAGAAGUUGGAUGACAUAAGAGUCAAUACAUCUAAUUUCUUGCAAGAUACGCUUGAAGAAUCUUCACUCAUCAGCUAUAACUCAAUCGAAAGCGCUGAAAAGAAAAAGCGGUUCCUAAGUUUCUUCAAGAAACUGAAUUCUCCAAAGAACGGUAACGCCAACGUGUUCACUCAUGACGAAAUCGUGGCCGUGGCACAGAUGUUCAAGAAUGACAGUGUUUUGGAUAACCUUUCAAGACCUCAAUUGGUAGCCAUUGCGAAGUACAUGUCGCUUAGACCUUUUGGGAAUGAUAACAUGUUACGCUACCAAAUUCGUUACAACUUAAAGAAAAUUAUGGAAGACGACAAGAUAAUUGACUAUGAGGGCGCAGAUGCCUUAUCAAACGAGGAACUUUAUCAAGCCUGCAUCUCUCGAGGAAUCAAAACAUUUGGUGUUAAACGCGAAGACCUGAUUGACAACAUGAAAAUAUGGCUAGAGUUGAGAUUGAGACACAAAGUUCCAAGCGUUUUGAUGAUAUUAAGUAGUGCAUACACAUUCGGGGGCCUCCAGAUGGAGGAAGUCAAUGCACAAUCAACAUCUGCUGCGAAGGUUGAGGACAACAAGUUUAACAAGCUUAUGGACCUUAACUAUAAUGGUAUUUUACAGGUGUUGAGCUCAAUUCCAGAUCCCGUCUACAACGUCGCUAAGCUUGAUGUCAGUGAGUCUAAGGAACAGAAACAGCCUGCUGCAGCUGAGACGGAAACAGCUGAGACUAAAAAACCCGAGGAGGUGACAUCGAAGGCCGAGGCCGCCACCACUGAAGGCACCGAAGCUAAGGCCUCGUCAGAAGCCUCACAGGCUACCUCUCUCGCAGAAUCUGCCUCAGAAAAGAGGCCAUCGCAGCAGCAGGAAGAAGAGAAACCAGAGCGUCGCGAGGAAGAAGAGGAAGAAGAGGAAGCACCAGAGCGCCGCUCCGAUGAUAACGAAUUCAAACUCAAUGUGUUAAAGGAACAAGAAGCUUUAAUUAAGCAAGAAGAGGAGGAGGCAAAGAAGAGAACUGACUCAAGACAAGUCAUUGACGAUAACAUUGUUCUUGAUGAGGAGGUAACAAGUCCUCCAGUUCCCGCGAAAGAUGCUCCUGUGACAUCUGUCGCCAAAAAGGAAUAA